AACCAAACAAACAAUGCGCAGAAAAGAUCCUGAUUUGUGGUGGUCUUGGUGGGGUGUCAGGAAAACUUCCUACCCAGGAGGGGAGGGGGACAGCUGGGCAAAGUAUGGAGGCUGGAAACUGCAUCUUACGUGCUGUGCCACGAGUCUUGUUGUGUUACAAGAUAGUGAGGGCAGGAAUUGGAGGAGUGAGGCUGGAGGAGUCAGCGGGGACCUCACUAUGGAGGGCCUUCCAUGCCCUGUUAGGAGCUGGGGCUCUAUGAUGAAGCCUUUGUGGGAGUUUAGGGGGCUGAGGACAGGACUGAUUUGCAAGUUAAGAAUUCACACAAUGGCCCUGCCUCGUGGCUCAUGCGUGUAAUCCUUGCACUUUGGGAGGCUGAGGCAGGAGGAUCCCUUGAGCCCAGGAGUUCCGAGACCAGCCUGGGCAGCAGAGGGAGACCCUGUCUCUUAAAAAAACAAAAAAUUCACACAUUGACUCAACAAAUCUUUACUGAACACUUACUAUGCUCUAGUUGCCAUGGGGACAAUGUAUGGACCUUGCAGUCUAGAUGGGGGAGACAGUAAAAAGGCCGAGCUGCAGUGUGCUGUGGGGCAGAUAGGAGGAGUCCCUAAUGGAGACACCACUAAGGGGUGUGACUCGGAGUCGGGGAGGGCUUCCCAAAGGCGCCUGACAGCAGGAGGAGUGCAGGCCGCGAUCAGAAGGAGAGCCAGAGCCAAGCUUCCUUGGGGGAAAUGGAAUAAGUGCAGGUAGGCAGGGCCCCAGUGUUGGGGGGCAAGGAUGGGGGCUGGAGGACCAGCAAGAGAGGAGGAGGGUCUGGACUUGCACCGGAGUGGGGGAAUGGGAUGAUGGGUUCAUUUAAUAAAUACUAAACUUUAGUAUUUGGUAGACAAGAGGAGAAUUUAGGAAUUGAGGCCAGGCAUGGUGGCUCAUUCCUGUCACACAGCACUUUGGGAGGUGGUGGCAGAGGCGGAGGCCGGAGUUGGGAGACCAGCCUGCGCAACACAGCAAGACCCCUAUCUGCACAAAAGAAAAUAAAAAAAGAGAAUGUAGGAAUUGAUUGAAUAUCGAAGUUAAUGGAGAGCAAGGGGUCUAGGGCUUUUCGUAAAGGGGAACGGUUGGGGAGUACAUGAAUUAGAAGAGAUGUUGGUAACUUGUUCACUUUGAGGUAUUAGUGGCUAUUAGGAGGCCUAGGGCAGGAGCUACAAUGUAAAGGCCCAGAAUCCUAGCCUCCUGGGGGGCUGAGAACCCCCUUCCUGGGUGUUGCAAGCCCUCUUACCCCAGUUCCUGAGUUUCGUGAGACCCUCCAACAAGCGCCAUGUCGGAGUCCCCGUCUCCGUCGCUGGGUGUUGGCAGCCCCCUUGUCCCCAGUCCCCUCCUCCACUAGGCUUCCCGAGUGUUCGGAGCCUCCUCCCUCCCACAAUCCGCGGGCGUUCGGAACCCCUCCCCCAUCGCCGGCGCGGAGCCCGUCCACGUCCCCGUCCCCGCACAGUCCUCGGUCCCUGAGUUCCCGCCAGGGAUGGCGGCGCGGACUCUGGCGGGCGCCUUGGUCCUGGCGCUCUGGGUUUGGGCGCUGGCUCCGGCGGGGGCCGUGGACGCUAUGGGCCCUCACGCAGCCGUCCGUCUGGCCGAGCUGCUGACCCCGGAGGAGUGCGGCCAUUUCCGUUCGCUCCUGGAGGCGCCCGAGCCCGACGUGGAGGCCGAGUUGUCCCGGCUUUCUGAAGACCGGCUGGCGCGGCCUGAGCCGCUCAACACCACGUCGGGGUCUCCGAGCCGGCGGCGGCGGCGGCGGCGAGAGGCGGCCGAGGACCCGGCGGGCAGGGUAGCCGGGCCUGGAGAGGUGUCCGACGGCUGCCGGGAGGCGCUGGCGGCCUGGCUGGCCCCCCAGGCCGCGUCCCUGUCCUGGGACCGCCUGGCUCGGGCCCUGCGGCGCAGCGGCCGCCCGGACGUGGCCAGGGAGCUGGGCAAGAACCUCCACCAGCAGGCGACGCUGCAGCUGCGCAAGUUCGGGCAGCGCUUCCUGCCGCGGCCCGGCGCCGCCGCCCGCGUGCCCUUUGCCCCGGCCCCGCGCCCCCGGCGCGCCGCGGUCCCCGCGCCGGACUGGGACGCCCUGCAGCUGAUCGUGGAGCGCCUGCCGCAGCCCCUGUACGAGCGGAGCCCCAUGGGUUGGGCGGGGCCGCUGGCGCUCGGCCUCCUCACCGGCUUCGCGGGGGCGCUGGGCACCGGGGCGCUGUUCGUCCUGCUCACGCUGUGGAUCACUGGCGGCGACGGCGACGGCGACCGGGCGUGGCCCGGCAGCCCCGGCCCGCUCGCCACAGUGCAGGGCUGGUGGGAAACAAAGCCGCUCCUUCCUAAAGAGCGGCGCGCGCCCCCGGGGGCCUGGGCUGCAGAUGGGCCAGAUUCUCCCUCACCUCACAGUGCCCUUGCCCUCAGCUGUAAAAUGGGAGCACAGUCUUGGGGCAGUGGUGCUUUGGACGGUUUAUAAACGUUAUGAAAUACCGAAA